AUGGCACCGAAGAAGCGUGGACUCGCUUGGCCAGGCAAAGGGGGGGGCCUGGCCCGAUCAGAGCCAGUGACGGAGCAGGAGGAUAGCGAUGUUGGCUCUGAUGUGAACGAUCAGGAAGAAGUGGAGUCUGUUCAAGCCAGUGUUGCAGGCUCUCCGGUGCCAUCAGAGUCAGGUGCAGAAGGGCGAAAUGAAGAAUCAGAACACGAAGAAGAAGAAGACUCGGGACCUGUGGUUGAGGAUGCGUCCCUGAACUACAUCUCUUUGAUCCAGCCCAGAGCCUCCCCGACUGCAAAUCCGUACUGUCUAGAUCGAAGGCCAGUUGACCAGGAUGGCCAUGUCCAGCUGGCGGACUUCAUUGGUGAGAUGCUAGACAGGUUGGACGACUCUGUUCGCGCAGACUUGAUCGGCUACCUCCACGAUCGUGCGCUGAAUCUGGGAACCGCCUGCUCCGGCACCGACUGUGCCGUGUUGGUGUGCAAAGCCUUUGCCAAGGCUUUAAACAACAAGCUUGGCUGCAGCCUGCAGGUGAACCACAUCUUCUCGUGUGAGUCGGAUUCGAACAAAAUUGAGUACUUGCAGAAGAUGUUCACCAACACUUGGGACUACUCGGACGUGCAGCACAUCUUUGCGAAUACGGCAGACCUGGCUUCGACGGAUGAGGGUGAGACAGUGCACGAUCAGCUCCAUCAAGGGCAUGUGUUGCUUCCGUUUUGCGGGGACCUCGUGGUUGGAUUCCCGUGCCAGGAUGUCAGCAGAUUAAAUCCCAACGCAGACCGUUGGGUGGUGCGAGAUGCAAGCCGCCGAACAGGGGCAGUCUUUGCAGACGUCAUGUCUUACUGCAAAAAGAUGCUAGCUCCCAAAGCGGGGGCCCAGGUUCAGUUUUCGGGGUUGCUCCUCGAGAACGUUCUCGGCUUGGCGACACGCCCCAAAGGCACCGAUGAUGCAGGCAACAAGUGGCACUCAAACCUCGAGUACUGUCAGCUUGAAGCCGAGCGUGCUGGGUUGACUUUAAUCCCAUUCCAGCUCGAUCCCGGGCUAUUCAGUCUGCCCGUGUCAAGGCAGAGAAUCUGGAUGAUUUGCUUGCCGCAGUACAUGAUCUCCCAAGCACAGGUUCAAAUCCAGGAGGUGGAGGCUUGGGCAAUGAGCCUCAUGAACAAGCUCUGUGUGGGGAUUGAGAAGCCGCGGCGUCACUUGGAUGAUUACCUGCUGCCCACAGAUCACGAGCUGGUCCGAGCCCAGAUCCACAAGGCGAUUGAUGUUGCAGAGAAGCGAAAGACUGCGAAACCUGCGAAGGUUUACAGACCUCCCAAGUGGGCAGCGCAGCACAAGAAGGCCUGGCAGAGAAUGGGGCGAGAUUGGUGGCAAGCCACAGUGCCUGCCCAACACAUUUUGGAUGAAUAUCCGGGAUUGAAUGUGCUGACAGAACGUCAGUUGGACAUGCUCGCCUUGAUGGGGGUCGAGUAUCCAGACAAGCGCGUGGCCAGUGUGGAGGUCAGCCAGGGCUUGAAGUCCGGAGAUCCGACCGCCAGAGUGCAGGUAAAUCGAGCGGACAUUGUCACUCCGAGCGGGAUGCAGCUCGUCAUCCACCAGGCCAGAUGCUUGACCGGGUACGAGACUUUGUCGCUACAGAACAUCCGCUAUGGGCCAGACCACCAGCGUUUGGCGGACAUGCCAGACAACUUCUUGCGGCACUUGGGCGGCAAUGCCUUUGAAGCACGGUGCUGCGCAGCUGCACUUCUCGUGAAGAAAAGCCUCGAGGCGAGGUUGAUGCAGAUGAAACUCGUGUUCCAGAAGCAGGAGGUCCCCGUGUCGCCAGAUGUGAAACGUCGACGCACCAUCGACGACCUUUGCGACUGGAGCUGA